GCAGUCAACAAACAGAUCGCGGAGCAGGCCCUGGCCGAUGCUGACGAGAUGGAGAGAGCUUCGCCACUGGGUGCGCAGACGCCGCAGAGGGCUUCGGCGAUGAGUCCCGAGAGGGCGUCGGGAGUGUUCAGCAAUGGGAGCAGUCCACUGAGCAGCUUGAGGGAUGAGACGCCGACUCCUGGGUCCGGAUGGAGCUCGUCGGGAGGAGGGAUGGAAUUGGGGAUGCAGAUUCGGAGGGAGGCGGCGGGGAAGCCGACGUUGAUACAGCAGGUACAAAAAGCGAAUGCAGCGGGGGUUAAUGCCGAGGGGGCGAUGAAGGGGAUGUUGAAGAAGACUGGAGGUGGGCAGUUGGCAGGGACGCCAGAGAAAAAGACCGGAGGGCCAGGUGGAAAUGGGCAGAUGGGAGUUACAUCGAUAAAUAUGGGGGCCAAGGGGAACCAGCCAUUCAGUACUCCUCCGAAUAAAAGCAAGGAUGGGCCGAAAGGUGGAAACACACAGAAGAAAUUGAAGGUCAAAGACGGAUUGUUACCAUCGAGUUCUCCCCUCGGCGCAGGAGGAAGUGUCCAAAAACGUCCCAUAGCCACAUAUCUCGAAAACGCACCAGACAACGAGGAGCAAGAGCGAGAGCAUAAGCGUCCUGCGCAGCGAGAAUGGGGUAAUGCUGUGGCUCCUGGUCCUAUUCGUCAACCUUUGAACGAUUUGCGUGGCAUCUCGCCCUUCCGGCAAGGCCCGCGAAAGAUAUACAACGAUCCUGAUAUCAUGAUGUUGGCUGGCCCUGGACAUAGUAACGACCCCAAACAUUGCGACCUUUCGCACUUGUUCAACGCCGAGAUUCGCUACAAGAACGACCCUAUGUUUCCGCACGUGUUCGGAUUUGACGAUCUCCCCCAGUAUUCCGACUUUGAAGUUCUCCCUGGCAAGCCAGUAUCCGACAGCUUCAUUGUC